GCGAUAGGAAUUUUAAUAUUCGCCGUUAGGCGACAUUAUAUACACAGAGUAAAAGUACGUAUAUAUUCAACGGAUAUGCUGCUCUUAUCUCGCUCCAUCCGCGCCAUCCACCUGGCAGCCGUAUUCCGCUCCGGAGCCCAGAUGGAUGCCACUAAGAUGCGCAAGACGCUGAAGUUCGAGUUCUCGAAGGACAACCAACGGAGGGUGAAGGCCCUGCUCGCCUGGUAUCCGAAGGCGGAGUGGAAGGGAGCACUGCUGCCGCUCCUGGAUAUUGCCCAGCGGCAGCAGGGAUGGCUAUCGAUCAGCGCCGUGCAGGCCGUGGCUGAGACCAUCAAGAUAGAUCCGAUGGAGGCCUUCGAGGCGGCCCAGUUCUACACCAUGUUCUUCAUGAAGCCACGCGGCAAAUAUGUGGUCAGUGUGUGCACCUCGACGCCCUGCAAACUGCGUGGCGGCGAUGAAAUCUUUGAGGCGUGCAAGAAAGCCCUGAAUCUGGAGCACGGCCAGACCACGCCGGACAUGCAGUUCACCCUCAAGGAGGAUUACUGCAUGGGCGCCUGUGUGAAUGCCCCCGUUCUGGCGGUCAACGAUGACAUGUACGAGGACCUGGACGAGAAGAGUCUGGCCAGCAUCCUGGCAGAUCUCCGCAAUGACAAGCUGCCGCCCGCUGGUCCGCGCAAUGGAAGGUGCGCCAGUGAGCCCAAGGGUGGACUCACCACCCUGAAGAGCGAGCCACCGCCGCCCGGCUACAUGAUGCAGAAGCUGCCAGAUCCGAAGACCAAGAAGUGUCAGUAGCCAUUGAUUAAGACUUAAAGCAAUAAAUUCCGCCUGCC